UCAGGGACGAGGAGCUGGGGAAGCUCUGUACCCGGGUCUGUGCGCUGCUGCAGAAGGAGGACUGGGGUCCCGACGCCCUGGACGCCCUGCGGAGGCUCUUCCUCAUCGUCUCGGCCACAAAAUACAGCAGGAGGUGCGCGCAUGUGUCCCUGGGGCAUGGCGGGGAGGGGGGGCGCUGCCUGCCCCGGCCCGUCCCUGCGGGGUGACGCGCCCCUCCCCCCAGGCUGGGGAAGCCUUGCGUGGCGCUGCUGCAGAGCACCCUCUGCUCGCCCGCCUGCCCCGAGCAGCUCCAGCUCCUCUGCGCCGCUGUCCUGAGAGAGAUGGCACCCUCCGACAGCCUGAGCCUCUCCUGCGACCACAUCCAGAACACGCGGCAGCUGGGCCUCGUGGCCUCUGUGCUCUUGGCCCAGGGUGACCAGCAGCAGGUCAGGAGCUUGGGCCAGCGCGUCCUCAAGGUCCUGGAGAGCCGGCAGCCCGAGGGGCCCAGCCUGAGGCACCUCCUCCCUGUCGUGUCCAAGGUCACCAGCCUGGCCCCGGACGCCCUCCACGAAGAGCAGACCAGGGCGCUCAGCAAGCGGCUGGGGGACUGGCUCCGCUACGCCAGCGUCCAGCAGGGGGUCGCCCACUCCUCCGGGGGCUUCUUCUCCACGCCCAGAGCCCGGCAGCUGGGCCCUGUCACCGAGGUGGACGGGGCAGUGGCCACAGACUUCUUCACCGUGCUGUCCACGGGCCAGCGCUUCACGGAGGACCAGUGGCUGAACGUGCAGGCCUUCUCCAUGCUGCGGGCCUGGCUGCUGGACAGCGAGCCUGGGGGCUCCGGCGCCCCGGAUGCAGACGACAAGUCGGAGCUGGAAGGCUCCACCCGGUCCGUGCUCUCGGCCACGUCCACCGCCAGCCACCUGCUGCCGCCCCAGGAGUGGCUGCGGGAGAAGGCCUUCGAGUACUGCCAGCGCCUGCUCGAGCAGAGUAACCGGCGAGCCCUGAGGAAGGCAGACUCAGACCUGCAGAAAGCAGUGAGUGCCCGGCGGGCGGGCGGGCGGGCGGGCGCUCGUUCGCUCGCUCAGCUCCCUCUGAGCGGCCUCCUCGGGUCCCCGCAGUGUCUGGUGGAGGCCGUGCUGGUGCUGGACGUGCUCUGCCGGCAGGACCCCUCCUUCCUGUACCGCACCCUCUCCUGCCUGAAGGCCCUGCACACGCGCCUGCGUGGGGACCCAGCCUGGGUGCGGGCGCUGCUGCCCGUGGCCCAGUUCUUCCUGCACCACGGGGAGGCGGCCGCAGUGGACGCAGAUGCCGUCUACCAGCACCUCUUCAGCAGGAUCCCCGCUGAACAUUUCCACAGCCCGAUGCUGGCCUUCGAGUUCGUCCAGUUCUGCAGGGACAGCCUGCCUCUGUUUGGCAGAAACCUUGGCGUUCUCAGGACAAGCUUCCCCAACCUCUUCAAGUUCCUGGCUUGGAACAGCCCGCCCCUCACCUCCGACUUUGUGGCGCUCCUCCCGUCCCUGGUCGACGCAGGGACGGCCGUGGAGAUGCUCCACCUGCUGCUGGACCUGCCUUGUCUGACCGCAGCCUUGGACCUGCAGCUCAGGUGGGCCCCUCUUCUGACCGCAUCUGCCCUGUCCCCGCCCCUCCUUGCCCCCGGCCGCUCCUGCUCUCUCCCAAGCAGAGCGUCUCUCUGCACCUCUUCGCCGCCCCCUGACGGCAGCCCCGGAGCCCAGCCUGUCUUUCACUCAGCCGUGCAGCCUCCCAGGCCCUUUCGGGUCAGCCUGCAGCUCCUGGCUGGGUCAGGGCACCGUGAUGUUACGGUGACAUCCACUCUAGUCUCUCCCUGGCCAGUGGGUACCGUGAGGGCAGGGGCCGAGUCCAGCUUCGGCUGGCCUGGGCCAGAGCCCACAUCCGAGCCCAGCCUCGGGAGUCUCUCUGCUCACAGGUCGCUGCAGGCCGCGUCCGAGAGGCCGCCCUGGGACGUCUCCAUCAGGGCCCCCGGCUGCCUGGAGGCCUUCCGGGACUCGCAGGCCCAGGGUCUCUUCCAGCACCUGCUGCGUGCCCAGGCCAGCGGGACCGUGGAGAGGUUGACGCCGCUCUACCGGCUGCUGCAGCCCCUGGCCGGCUGUGCCCGGGUGGUCCAGUGCGCCGAGGCCGUGCCCACCCUGCUCCGGGCGUUCUUCUCAGCGGUGACACAGAUUGCUGACGGGGCCCUGGCCAGCCAGCUGGCACUGCUGCUCCUGGAGCGAAGUGACUCGCUUUACCAGGUCCCGGGGUACGAAGCCGGUGUGCACAGGGUGCUGAGCUCCCAGUUCCCGGCCUUGUGCAAGCUGCAUCCCCCGCUGGUGGUCGAGCAUGCGAAGGAGCUGCUGGAGUUUGUGGGCGGCCCCCGCAGCGGCGGGCACGUGCUCACGUCCGUGGUGUGGGCCAUCGGCGAGUACCUGUCGGUGUCCUGGGACCGGCGGUGCACCGUGGAGCAGAUCAACAACUUUUUCGAAGCCCUGGAGGCCCUGCUCUUCGAGGUCACCCAGUCGCGGCCCUCCACCACCCUUCCCAAGUGUCCUCCGCAGGUCAUCACCGUGCUCAUGACCACACUGACCAAGCUGGCCUCCCGGAGCCAAGACCUGAUUCCCAGGGUCUCCCUGCUCUUGUCAAAGAUGAGGAGCCUGGCCCAGAGCCCAGCCACGGGCUCCAUGCCCGGUGAGGAGGACGCGGGAGCCGUCCGCACGCGGGCCACCGAGCUGCUGAACCUGCUGAAGAUGCCCAGCGUGGCCCAGUUCGUGUUCACGCCCAGCGUGGAGGUGUCCGAGCCCCGCUAUCACCGUGACACCAACACAGCCCUGCCCCUGGUCCUGCGCACGGUCAGCCGGCUGGUGGAGAGGGAGGCGGGCCUCCUGCCAGGGUGAAGGGACCAGGUAGACGCCAGGCCGGGCUGCGGGUUGGGAGCCUGGUAUUACCAGCCGUGGCUUCAGUGGUCAGGGAGGCUGUCACAGUCUCAGCCUUUGGCCUCUGUCUUUAUCUUAACCCCUUUCUCUCGUGACCACAGUGAGCUGUGUGGUGACACAGCACUGAUUCUCGGCUUCAGCCCAUCUUGGGACGGGGUGGAAGCUGCUUGGUUUGUGUCUUGCUGGUCCUUGUUUGGGGGCAAGAAGAGAGACGGCGAAAAUAAAUCUCCUUUGCAAAAUG